AUGGCGACAGCAACGGAACCCCCAGCGGCGCCCGGCCCCGUCCCUUCGACGGACCUCGUCGCGUCCCUUCCGUCGCCUCUGCUCCGCCUGCUCGUCAUUUUCGCGCGCCCCAUCUCCUUCCUGCGCUCCGCCAUCGAGGUCCUUGCCUGGCAGGGCGAGCGGCGCGUCGAGAGCUACCUCGUCGUCCUCGGCUGGUGGGCCCUGUGCCUCGGCUUCGCAGACGCGUUCACUUUCCUCUUCCCCCUCCUCCUCUUCCUCCCCUUUGUUCCGCUCGAGCGGCUCCGCAUCGGCCCCCGCAGGGCCGUCAAGACACCGACCCAGAAGCAGCCGGCUACCCAGGAUACGCUCCUCCGAACGCUCGGAGACCUGCACAAAAUCCAGGCCCUCCUGCCCCCCUCUGCCGAGGCGCCCGUGACUGCACUCUAUGAGCAGUUUGCUCAACUCGGGAAGCGCCGCCUCAUCCGCGGCCUAGUCGUCUCGUGGGGAGUCUGGCUAAUGCUAGGCUUUGUUUUAGGCCCAAGGGCCCUCUUGGCGCUAACCGGCACAGUGCUCCUCCUGUUGCCGUCCCCCCUUUUGGCGCACACGGUCAACCUGCUCGGUAAGAGCUUCGCCGUGCGCCGUGUUUCCGCCUUUGUCUUCAUCUGCGUCUUUGGCAGCGCGGAGCAGUCGACCGUCUUCCACUCGCCCAUUGUCUGGAUCCGCUCCAAGUGGGCCCUGUCCAAGCAGCCCCACGAGGCCAUUGGCUUUGAGUCUGUCAAGACCGAAGAGGACGAUGUCCACGCCCCCGCCGACCGCGCCGGCAACCCCAUCUACUUCAAGUUUGAGCUGCAUGAGAACCAACGAUGGUGGAUGGGUCUCGACUGGACGUCGGCCCUCCUGCCCCAGGAGCGCCCCAGCUGGUGCGAUGGCCACUUGCUCCCUGUCUCGCCUCCCGUCGCUUUCCAGCUCCCGCCCCCGAGCUCGAUCGACCUCCCCUCUCCCACUGCGAGCGACCCCAACAGCAUGGUCCGCCGAACUGCCACCUGGCGCUGGCUCGACGACGACUGGUCCGUCGUCCGCAAGAGCGGCAAGGAGGAGGCCAUCUCGCCUGUAUCGUCUCGCCCGUCCUCCUCGAUGUACCCCGGCGACGAUGCUGCCAGCGUUCGCGCCCCUUCCGUCGUGGAGCAGACGCUGCAGAAGAGCCUCGGAAAGCUGAAGGGCGUUUCGAUCCCGGGUGCCGGCCCGACGUCGCCCGUCAAGACCACUGGUGAGCAACGCGGACGCAAGGGCUCUGAGAGCACCGACGUGUCCGACGACGGUCACUCGUCGUCCGAGGUCACAGGCACGAUUCCGCCAGUAGAUGCCGAGACCGACGCCGAAGGCUGGGUCUACGGCGACAACAAGUGGGAGAACAUGAAGGCGAGCGGUGGUCUCGGCAAGUUUACGCGCCGAAGACGCUGGCAGCGCCGCGCUGUCUGCACCGAGACGGUGCACCGCAUCAGCGAGCCUAUGGAGAUACUCCUCGAGGGCGGCAGCGGCGCUGCGACCCCCGUCCCGCCCAAGCGCGAGCUCAGCACUGGUGCCGUCGCGGUCAGCACGGCGAUUGCGGCCAAGGCCACGCACGUCGUUGCGCCUGCGCCCAGCACCAGCAGUUCCGACUUUGGUCGUCGGAGUGUCGACUCGACACGGCCAGUGCCGCUGACGGCGCCCAAGCCCGACGCCGGCACGCUGAUCAACGACACGUCGAGCCGCGAUGACCAGCUGCGGCAGCGCCUCAAGAAGGCGAUGGGCAGCAUGGGGGCGUAG